AUGCUUUCCGAUCAAAUUAAAUAGGUGUUGUCAACAAGCUCUUCAUCUUUUCUCGCCCCUAGGUUCUCUCGAAAAACUACGCUACUUAAGAAGAAGAACAAAGCUCUUUCGUCUUGCAGUAUUGAAGACAUCGCUACGUACACUUAAUAAAAAAGCUCGCAACAGCCUUCAUCCAAGUAACAAAUAGUGAGAUCGGAAUCAUAACACAAUCCAUUAACUCCAGUGGCAACUCCUCAAUAGAGCAAUUCAGUGAGUUGUCAAACCAACACAUCUCUAUUCGAUGAACAACUCCCUGACAUUCCUGCAUCUGAUCCAAUUUGGCUUGAGAUUAUCCCACAGGAGGUGUUGCAGGGAGCAUCAGUAGAAUAACUUCUCGAAGACAACAAAGAUUACUUCUAUUAUUUAUUGGGAUUGUAUCUACAGGAAUAAAUGCAUGGAGAUUUUAACAUGAACAAAUUUAUGUUGCCAACCAAAUGGUAGAGUCAAUAUGGACGCGAUUUUCCACUCAAGUUGAAAGAAAGAUAAGAAAUUAUCAAAAACACUGUCUAUGAUGAUUAUAAGUCUCCUUAAACUUCAGAGUUUUCAAAGACCAGCUAUAAAAGUCACUUCUCAGCAUACCCACCAAAAGAUUACAAUCCCAAGUUAGAAAGGAGAAAAUACGAGAAAAGUGAAUUACAAUUCGCUACUUUGACAACUUAUAAAGUAUCAUAAAUUCCCUAAUAGGCCAAUCAUUUUGAUUUCCAAACCAAUUUCAAACCUGAAAAAGUAACCGCAUCUAAACAUUUGACAACAGGAGGUCUCUCACUCUCCAGUUAGUCUCUUUAUAAAACAGAAUAUUAAUGGCCUCAACCAAUAGAAUAACCCACCAAUUGUAAAAACAUUUAUUCAAAAUUAAAUCCAAUUCAAUCUUCUGGAAUCUUCUUCGAUAAACAACGAGAUGUCUACAGUUAAUUCCCUGUUGAUCCAAUUUGUAAAUAGACUCCCUAUUCACAAACUCCAACCUAUUAGAAAUAGUAUGUCUCAACAACUAAAAAUGAUUUCUAAGGAUCAAGACUCGGGGAAGUUACUCAAAUGAAAAACUGGAGACAAAGUGUCAUUAGGAGAAUGAAUUAAUUGAGAAAACAAUCGCAAAUAUGA